AUGGCUUUGGACCCCAAAGACUUAGACGGAGACUCCGAAAUGACAUCGUCAGUCGACUCCCUCCACAGCGGUCACGAAGGCGGCAACGGCGCCCGCACGCCCACCGGCAUCGCCCAAGCUCCAUCGGCCGGCGCAACGGAGCUCUCCCCUCCCGGCUCGCAGACACAGCACACAACCGUUCCUCUUGCGGAUGUACGGACUUCAACUGAGGCGCGCAAAUCUUCAGUUACGGAUAAGGCUGGGGAUUGGGAUUCGGGCAUUGCGGCUUGGAAGUCGAAGCGCGCUCAAGAGGAUAUCCAUCGGGCUUUGGAGUUUGUUGUUGACAAGGAUUUCACAUUAAAUGAAUUCGGGGACCCUUUCGAUGAGCGCGACUUGCAAGAGAAGUUGCUGUGA